AUGUCACCAUCACGCAAAAUAUCGAUCACUCAAGAAAUUUUCAUUGAUUUAAGCCUCCCAACAUUGUUUGAUGUUCAUAGAAUGUAUUCGCAAUCUCACUGCAUAUUUUCAUGUCUACAUGGAUUUUCAAACAAAGGUCAAAGUGAUGGUUCAAAAAAAACAUUUUUUUUCACGGAUAUUUGGCUUUUGCAUAUAUUUGCUGUUUCUUUGUCUCAUUUCGCGAUGCACGAAAAUGGAUUAUGGGGAGAAUUAUUUUUACUAACCUCGUGCGGUUUCAUGCCACCUCAUUCAGAGAUUCAUUCUUUCAUCUUUGUCGGUGUUUUAUUUAUUCGUUCGCUCAACGCUAAUAUCGACGCUUGGCUAAGAUUAAAAGAAAAGCAAUAA